GGGGGACACAGAGGCUGUUGCAGGCUGAGGGCUCUGCGGGCGCGCUCUGCCCCAGCCCUGAGCACGGGUGGGGUCCGGGUUUGCUUGGUCACUCUUGUUAGCAGUGGAGUUGCAGAAUGGUUGGACUUCCAGAAUAACGUCCUUCAGCGGACCACACGGCACUGGCUAGAAAUGCGGGGAGGCCGCCGUGGGCACAAAAGCUCCUGACCACCUCCAGCACACGGCGCUUUACUCAGAUCUUUUUGUGCUCGCGGCCGUUGGAUUUGGCCAGCAGUUUGAGGUGCUGCCUGUCUCUUACCCUUUUUAACAAAUGGUAAACAGCUUCAGUGGGGUUUGCAGAAGGAAGCUGUGGUUUCUGGUCUUCCUGUUCAUUCACAUAUUUUUUUCAGAGGGAGGGCUAACAUCUGACCAUAUUUUUCAACAAGAUCAGAAGUGAACAGAGGAGAAUGCACAGUAACUUUCGGCAGAGGGGGAGGAACCAGAGCUCCUCCUCAGACUAUCCAGCGGGUGCCCCAUGGAGAACGAGCCUGGAAUUGUGUCUCCGUUUAAACGAGUAUUCCUAAAAGGUGAAAAGAGUAGAGAUAAGAAAGCGCACGAGAAGGUGACAGAGCGGCGCCCUCUGCACACUGUGGCGCUGUCCCUGCCGGAACGCGUGGAGCCCGACAGACUGCUGAGCGACUACAUCGAGAAGGAGGUGAAGUACUUAGGUCAGUUAACGUCCAUACCAGGAUACCUGAAUCCCUCCAGUAGGACCGAAAUCCUGCAUUUCAUAGACAAUGCAAAGAGAGCCCACCAGCUCCCCGGACACUUGACCCAGGAGCAUGACGCUGUGAUCAGCCUGUCUGCCUACAACGUCAAGCUGGCCUGGCGGGACGGGGAGGACACCAUCCUCAGGGUCCCCAUCCACGACAUCGCUGCUGUGUCCUACGUGCGGGAUGACGCCUCGCACCUGGUGGUCCUGAAGACAGCCCAGGACCCUGGCAUCUCCCCCAGCCAGAGUCUGUGUGCAGAAAGUUCCAGAGGCCUCACCGCAGUCUCCCUGUCAGAGAGCGGAGUAGGGCCUGUGGAGGCCUGCUGCCUGGUAAUCCUAGCCACAGAGAGCAAGGUCGCUGCGGAGGAGCUGUGCUCUCUGCUGGGGCAGGUCUUCCAGAUUGUGUACACGGAGUCCACGAUCGACUUUCUGGACAGAGCCAUAUUCGACGGGGCCUCGACGCCCACCCACCACCUGUCCCUUCACAGCGACGACUCUUCCACCAAGGUGGACGUGAAGGAGCCGUAUGAGCCGGAAGCCGGCACUUUUUCCUUCCCCGAGUGUGCGCACGCGGGCGGCGUCUCGCCCUUGGCCUUCUGCGCGCAGCCGGCGCCCCACGCCAAGACGGUCAGCGAGAGCGAGCUGAGCGCCACGGCCACCGAGCUGCUGCAGGACUACAUGCUGACGCUGCGCACCAAGCUGUCCUCCCAGGAGAUCCAGCAGUUCGCCGCGCUGCUGCACGACUACCGCGACGGGGCGUCCGUGCACGAGUUCUGCAUCAACCUGCGGCAGCUGUACGGGGACAGCCGCAAGUUCCUGCUGCUCGGUCUGCGGCCCUUCAUCCCGGAGAAGGACAGCCAGCACUUCGAGAACUUCCUUGAGACCAUCGGGGUGAAGGACGGCCGAGGUAUCAUCACCGACAGUUUUGGCAGGUACCGGCGGGCCCUGAGCUCCGCCUCCGCCUCCACCUGCACCGGGAACAGGGCCACCGGCAGCUCCGACGACCAGUCCGCGCCCUCGGAAGGGGACGAGUGGGACCGCAUGAUUUCGGACAUCAGCAACGACAUCGAGGCUCUGGGCUGCAGCAUGGACCGGGACUCGGCCUGACGGCGCCGGGAGGGGCCCACCGGUGCGCCCUCUACUGUGAAGGAUCGGCCUCGGGGCGCCGGUGCCCAGGAGGGGUCCUGGGGGUCCUUUCAGUUUUGCACACGACAUUCUUGUCGAAACUCUCAGAGACCUUCAAAGAAGUUUACUGCGAUGUGAAUAAUU